AUGGACUGUAAAGAGGAUUUUCAGGAAUUUUGCUCUCGCUUGAGGCACGUCCAGUCGUUGCUGAGAGACGGCGGGAAGACAGCUCCAGAUGGCAUUCUGUGCUCCUUAGGCAUCGAUAGUCGUUAUAAUGAUGGCUGCAGUGAGUUAGCCAGCUACCUGUUCUUUGACCUGUACAAGCAGAACCACAUGGACCUGGAACACAUCACUGGGGACUUCCCAGAGGAGAUGUUAGAUGAUGUGAUCGUCUUGAUUAAGGCAGAGAGUGUUCACAUGUAUUGUAACCCAGUGAACUAUAAGUACCUGCUGCCCUAUGUGUCUCACUGGAGGAACUUACAGCUGCACUGCAUGACUGAGGCAGAGUAUGAGGAUGAAGAGGCAGCUGAAGAGUUUAAGAUUUCCAGUUUUGUGUCCAUGGUUCAGGACUGCACUCACAUUGGCAUUCCCUACAGCUCCCAGGGUCACGUGCAGAAGUUUGAUAUGUUCAUGUUGGAGAAGUGGCCGAUCAUUCAGGCGUUUGCUCUGGAGGGAAUCGGAGCAGGAGGAUUUUUCACCAUGAAAUAUAAGAUAACUGAUGUAAGUGAGAAACUCUGUCAGAUCUACACCAGACUCGACCCAGUAUCUCUGGAAAGCCUGCUUACUCAGGACCUGCAGGUGUUUGAGAAACAGUGGACUUGUUUGUUCUCCAGUCUGGACAUAGAGACUGCACUGUCAAUGCAAGAACUAUCAGAGGCCCAGAUCGCAGAGCCCUUCAGGACGUACUAUUCUCAUGGCCUCAUCUCCAGCAACAUAGCAGAUAAGAGUAAAAGCAGACAGCCGUUUGUGUUGUUUGGACGUCACUCCUCUAAAGAGGACCUGGAGAGUUACUGCUUUACCUUUCCCUCUGAGGGGAACCAGAUCCGUAACACAGGGCCCUGUGGUGCCACAGCCAAACACAUGCUCUUGCAGUGUGUCGCACCCAAAGGCCCACUGGCCUGUGCAAGGACUUAUUUCUUUGGCAGUACUCACGUUCCAUACCUGGGACACGAUAACGUCCAGCAGAAGAGGACCGAGCUCCUGAUCCUGUCUCAGAUCUACUCUGCUGCCGUUCAGUCUGUGCUGGCAGGCAUCAAAUGCUUCUCCAUCAACUCCAGCGCUAGCAAGGCAAAGGAUGUGGCUGAGCAGAUGUUUCAGCUGGCCUUGGAUUCUUACGGAUUAGCCCAGUACAGAAGCGCACUGAGAUCGAAUGCAGUUUUCAGCAUUCAGGCUGUGGACAGACAGGGCAGGGUGGUUCCCUUGAGUGAAGAGUGCAGUCGAUUCCUAAUGAAAACUGCGUCCAUGACAGUGCACGACAUCCCAGAUCUCCAGUGGGGAGGAGAGAGUUUGGGAUCUGUAGUCUUUUCAGAGUCCUUCCUGGAGUCCUGUAUCUAUGUCCAAGAGAAGGAUGGUGCUAUUUCCACUGACAGUACUUUUACUGUGUUGACCUCUGCAGUCCCACGCUAUGUCAGCAGGCUGGUCGAGGAGCCUGAUAUCAAACUAUCAGAGCAGGCCCGGGGCUUACUGAAGAAGGAGGACGGUACAUUUUUAGGUGUCCCUCUGACGCAAGGAGACUCGGCCCUAGUGCUCUCCAGCUCUCUGCUCUCCACACCUGAAGAAGGGAAACUGGUGUUUUUCUCAGAGGGAAUGCUGUUCAGCCAACCUCAUUUUGGCUCCAUCACCCUCUCCAAGAACCACAUCAACACCAUCAAACUCUAUGAUGGAGACUCUUUCUCUGCUAUAUCUGUUGUGUAUGUAGAGUAUGAAAGCUCUUUUCUGGCCCACCUGCCAUUCCACUUACACAGUAAAGACCACUGCAUUGCCAUCGCUCUAUUGCCCAAAACCAAGAGCUACAAGAGCUUCUAUUCAAAGGUUCUGAAGGUUUGGCAUGAGUCUGACUCUGGACUGCAGUUACAACUUGUCACCCAAGAUCAGCUCAGCUUGGAACAGAAGAAUAUGUACUCCAGACUGGCAGAGCUCCACGAGACAAACAAGCCAGUGUCCAAACAGAGGGUCGCGCUGAGGGCUGCCUAUCCUGAGCUCCCCGAUUUAGACAGGUUCCUGCAGCAUUUCGCCUUGAGCAGUAGCAUGUGUGAGGAGUCUGUGAGCCGUGACCACUUGGGGGCGCUCUUUCCAAGCGCACAGACCAAAGCAGCCCUGCCUGAACAUAAGGACAAGAUUGUCAUCUCUAUUGUUUCGGGGUUGCCUGGCAGCUAUAAAGACAAUCUGUGUGAUUUCCUGGUAGAAGUAAAUCAGGAACGUGACAGGUGGGAGGUGUACCGCCCUGGUCUGGACUCCGAGGUCCUCAAUGUGCCGCAUCUCCAGCAGUUCCUCAGUCAUCUUGUCGCAAAACGAAGAGAGCGAGACGUGGUCGCACCUAGACUGUUACUGCUCACACCAGGGUACACAGAUGUGUUGGAUGUUGUCCAGGUUGUCCAGUCUCAUCCAGAUGCAUUAGUCCAGAGUGAGGUGACUGUGGGUGCAGUCACAGCAUGUGUGAAUCCUCUCAGCUCCUUCAUGGAGCACAGGCUUCUGUUCCCCAAGCUCUUAGAGCAGUGCAGCCAGGGGAUCGUUAGUAAUGUGGUGUUUACUGGGUUGACUGCUGAGCAGAAGCACCCUCUACUUCAACAUGUACAACAGCUGAUCCGCUCAGUCAAUCCCAACGCAGCGUUCAUCCUGGCUGAGAAAGGAGUCGUCACCAGAGCUGAGGAUAUGAGGCUAAUUCUGAGUGAGGGCAGCUUUUUACAGCCACAGAUGACCAAAGCCCGAUAUCUGCUUUAUCCAGGCUGGUGGGAGGGCAGGUUUGUGUCUGGCUCCGCGUCACUUUCCAUGGUCCAGUACUGUUUGCAGUUCAGCCGUCCUCUAGAGAGAGCAUUAUUCCUCCAGCACUGCAAAGCACUGAAGUCCUCUCUGAAAACCAGUCCCUUCAAAGGCAACAUCUACCAUAUCAGUGGAAAAGUGCUCUUCUCUGACAGUGACAGGCUGAUAGAGGUGAAGUGGAACACUGUCAGUGGUAGUCUGAAUAUGAUUCCAGUUCAGGGGCCUCGUAAGACCCUGGACUGCCACCUGCUUUUCCAUGGAGUCCACCUCACUCAGGAUGGCCUUAAGGACUGGCUACGGAAGUGUACCAAACAGAAGGCAGUGAAGAAGGCAAGGAAAAGCGUUAAGACUCUCACACAACAGGAGGUCAGAAACAUCCAUAUAAAGAGGCAUUUGGAUCCUCUGCCUCCUGGUUACUUCUAUAAUGGUCACCAGUUUGUCAGCUUCUUUGGAGAGAAAAGAAACUUCCAUCCUUUGAUGGAUCAGUUCAUAGAGGAGUUCGUGCAGGAAGCCAAUAAAGAGAUUGAGCGCUAUAACAGGGAGGUGGACCUGAACACACAGGCCGACCUGUUCGACCCCUAG